AUGUAUAUAUAUCCUGAUAUGGAGCGUCUUGAUUAUUUUGAAUCUUUAAUAGAUAGGUUUUUACAAGGAAAUAAUCCUAAUUCUUUAAUUUAUGUUGAAAGAACAUGGGGCAAUUACCGAAAAUAUCCUAAGACAAAAAGCUUGUGGAAACAUGAAGAUAUUGCUGCACAAAUAGGAAGUUAUAUAAGAUCCAAUAAACUUGAUAUAACACCUAAAAAAUUGUGUGAGCAUGUCAAUGAUACAUUAUUGCCUGAUAUAGGAGUGGAAAAUGAAAAUAAAAGAAUAUCCGAAAAAACUGCAAGAAGAUGGCUCAAAGGAUUGGAAAUAAUACCUAAAAGACCACAACUCGUAAUUUACCUAGUUGCUGAACUUUUUAAAAUUUCAUUGUCAUGUGUUUUUGAAGAUCGUCAAUGA